CUCGGGCGGGGGGAGGGUUCAAGCUGAAUCCAUAACCUACAAAUUUUUAAAGGAACAAUUAGGCCGAGCGCUUUGUAGGUGAGUUUUAAGAAGCUCCUGGGACAAUAACACUUGAAUAAUUGAUUACAACCACCGAAAAGAAAUGACGUGGAAUUCACGGAAGAAAAAUUUCCUAACACUCAGGCCAACUCCAGCUCCUCCAAUUAUACCACCUAAUGAAGAUCGAGAUCUCGAUAUUGCGGUGCAACGAUUAAUUCAUGUGGAAGGAACAAUUAAAAAACUAACGAGAGAAGCAAAGCGGUACCUUGAGACUAUAAUAAACUUAGACCGUGCGGACCAACGAUUAUCCUCAAAUUUGAGUACAAAUGGUCUAGCUCACCUCUCCGAUGAUUAUCGAAGAAUAGUCGAGGAUUAUCAUUCGGUGACGACUCAAGUAGGGAGAACUGUUCAAGAACUGUCCCUGCUCACUGACAAAACAUUCGUAGAACCCCUAAAGAAACUCAGAGAUGAGUUCGCCCUAGUGGCAGAUGCCCUGGCCAAACGAGAGGAACUAGUUGUUACAUGGAAGGCUUGCUACAACAGACUAAAGAAACUCCAGGAGAAAAAGGACAGAACUGCUAGUCAUAUCGCCAAAGUAGAGCGAGAGAAGCGGAGUGAGGAAGCUGCCGCCAAAGAGCUGAAGCUCAUUCACUCUCGCUUGCUCAUUGAGCUCCCUUGGUUCCUCGAGAAACGUCUGGAGUACAUAAAACCCAGUGUCCACGCACUCAUAUUGAAUCAGUUGGAUUAUUACGGGAAUACUACCAAGUUGUUCACUCAGCUUAUGCCAGUUUACAGUCCGUCCCAUUCACCCUCGUCUGCUGUCAUAUCGGAGGAGGAAUACCAGGGGAAGAUUAAUGAGGAGAUUACUAGAAUCAGGGGUUUAACUAUUGUGAAACCAUAGAGGAUUCUACUAUUACUUUUUGAUAGUGUAGUGUUUAUUAUUGCGUCUGUUAAACCAUUUAAAUAGAAAAAGAUAUUUGUUAAUGAACAUGAAUGCUACUAUGUAGUAAGAUAGACUAGUCAAUUCUUGCAUCAUUGUUUUUUUACUUGUCGAUCCUGGUCAUUUAUUUUUUUCU